ACGUCUGCUCGCUGUUGCUGGCUUGGUUUACGUCGGCCAUCCAUUUAGAUGUCGCUAUGUAGCAAAUUGAAGACAAAACGUGUACUUUACAUGCUUACACCUCAAUAGAUUGCUGCUACUGGGUGUGUGCACCAAAGAAAAAUGUCGCAAAACGUUUUAUAGUCCAGUCGCUGACGAAGCACCGGCUUUGCUUUGAGGAAGAAGACCUUCGGGGGGAUGUACAGAGAGACCGGUGUUUGGAUGCUCACACUGACCCAUGUGAAACAUUGCUGAUUGGAUUUCCACAUGAAACGGCAGUAGCAGAGGACCCGGCCUGUAACUGCGGCUCUGUGUUCUAUGUGUCUGAAGUAGCCCACUCAUGCCUGUGAUACCCAUCCCUCGGCGUGUACGCAGCUUCCAUGGCCCCAACAUGACCUGCAUGCAUUCAGCAUGUGGGCCUACACAUACCGCCCAGAUGGGGCAGACUAAGUACAGCAACUUUGACUUAUACCUGCGCUCCCGCUUAAUGUACAACUUCCUCCGCUUCCUUCUCCAUUUUGGCUGCAGUCUUCUGACAUCCUUGCUGUGGGUGGCGCUCUCUGCUUUCCUCUCCCUUCAGUACGUAGGUGUUAAGGGCUUCCUGCGCCUGCAGUACAAGCUGUCAAUUGUCCUGCUGUUGCUAGGACAACAACAACUUGAUUUUCGGAUGCUUAACGAUAUGUUCAUUUACAGCAUGCAGGUAACCAUGUUUCUUAUGGGGGGACUAGGUUGGUGUUUUAUGUUGUUUUUGGAAAUGUAACCCCAAUUUGGCGGCAUGGUGGCCUAGUGGUUAGCACUGUUGCCUCACAGCAAGAAGGUCCUGGGUUCAAACCCUAGGCCAUACCAGGUCCUUUCUGUGUAGACUUUGCAUGUACUCCCCCUGUC